UCUGACGUUGGUACUAGUUAAAGAGGAAUUUUCUUAUGAAUUCUGGUUUUUCCAAUAAAAAAAUGUUGAAUCUAAUUGAUAAGCUCUCAGAACGAGACGCUGAGGAAAUUUUUAUUAAUUAAUAAAUAAAGGGUUAAUAUUUUGUUGUAGGGGGCUCUCGAGAUAGAUAACGUGAGGAUUUUUUUACGUAUGAGAAAUUAUUAAAAAAAAAACAGUCAAAAAAUGUUUAUCUGAAGCCUUUUAGCUGUGAUUAUUUCGAAGAAUUUUAGCCAUUUACCUCUUAAAGUAAACGAAAUUCCUCUACAAAGUACAUAACACACUCAUUUCUUAAAUUUUAACAAAUUUUAUUUCCUUCCUGUAGGAUGUAACUUGCUCUUAAGAUGCAUACUUUUGGUUUAAAGAAUAUUAAGCGAUCUUUUGUGAAAAUUGAAUGUAAAACACGAAAAUGUUCUGAUGGCUAAAAUGCAAUUAUUCCAAGUUCCUGAUUCACUAAUUUGCCCAUUUAAAAAAAUGGAACACAUUCAGUUAUUGACCUAGUUUAAAAUGGCAUAAAAGUGUUUCGGAAAUAAAGUUAAUUUGAAUACAAUAAAAAAUGAAGAAAACAGAAAGAGUCAAAAUAAACAAUAAAUAUACAAUUACUGGUAAAAUAUUGAUGGUUUGGUAUUAUUUAUUUUUGCAAGCAUAAAAUGAGGUAAUUUGGCAAGAAGCCCAAGUGCAGUAGGUGAAGAAAAUUCAGCACUUUUCACCAUCAUUUCAGUGCCAUUUCUUCAUUUGUGUGCAACACCGUCUCUUGCAAUGGAUUCAAAGGGAUUAGUUUUGCAUCUGCUUCUUCUUCUAACGAUUUUUAGCCUUCCGGGACAGAGUACAUUUCUGCGUGAUAUAAAAUUGGGCAAGAAAGAACCAGAAAUCCCUGAAGAAUCUGCAUUGCAUUUGAAAGCAUCGGAAACGGUUGCAGAUAAGGUGACGGAUAUUUUUGAGAAGAUCGUAAAACCCACGACAGCCGAUCUUGGAGAGACACUCCUGGCUAAAGCCAAGGAUACCGUUGAAACUGUCUUUCAGCACAAAGAUGAAUUCUUUGCAAAGGCAAAGGAUAGAGUUGGAUCAUCUCUGAAGACAAUUGAGGAAGAAGGAACAUCUCUUCUCACCAAGGCCAAGGAAAAAGUUGGAAAUUCCCUACAGCAGAAUGAGGAAAUCCUAGCACUAGCUAAGGAUAGAGUCGGAUCAUCCCUGAGAACAAUCGAACAGGAAGGAAAUGAUUUUCUUGCAAAAGCAAAAGGCAAAGUAGAAACAAGACUGCAGGAUCAUGAUGAAUUGCUAACAAAGGCCAAGGGAAAAAUUGGAAAUAUUCUUGAGAAAAAUGCCAAUGAAGGACCUACUAUCGCUACUUCACUUGAUAAUGAACAUUCCCUCCUCCAGAAGGCAAAAGAAAAAUUCCACACAUCCUUCAAGGCAAUUGAAAAUGAGAAGAAUUCCCUGCUUGCAAAGGCAAAGGAGAAAGUUGAAAAUUCCAUGAUUGUCCAAGGAGGAAGUUCACUUUUGGGUAAAGCUAAAGACGCUGUGAGUAAUUCAACAAUUCUUAGGACAAUUGAAGAAGAUGGUAGCAGUAUUUUAGCCAGGACAAAGGAUACAAUUAAAACUUUGGGAAAUGCUCCGAGUGAAUUUGUAGCAAAAACAAGGGAAGAUCAAUUACUUGGUAAAGCACCUGAGAAGGAAGAAAUCUGCAAAGAGGAUACUUCCCUUCUUGCUAAGGCUAAAGAAAAAAUGGAGAAGUCAUUUCUAAUUAGAACCCUUACCAAUGCGGAUGGAUCCCUUCUAGGGAAAGCUAAGCAAAAAGUUGAAAAUUCCUUACUUGGAAAAACCUUUAAGGAUCACGAAAAUUUCUUAUUGAGUAAAGCCCGGGAGACGGUGGAAGGGGCAAAGAAGUUUAAUCUUCUUGGUGCUAAGCCAUUUAAUUCCUUAUUCCCAACUUAUGGAUCAAAUGCACCUAAAAUCUCAGGACUAAAAUUACUCAAUCCAUUGAAGGAACCUGAAGCUCCUGUUGUAGAAGUUGCUGACUUCCAGUAUCCCGAGGAUGUUGCACCACAAAAUGAGGAACACAAAUAUAUUCCUGAAGAUCAUGAAGCCCAUAAGGAAGCCCUUGAAAUACCAGACGUCUGCUACUCGCGCCCAUUACCCAAAGAAGAGGAACCAGUAGUGCAUGAUAUGCCAGAAAAUAAACCUUUGGACUUCGAUAAGAUAGAGGAAGGAUACUAUCAGGAUUCACGUCAAUUUGAAGAUGAUGAUAAUGGCUUGGUUGAAUACGAAGAAGUAGAACCAGUCAGUUACAGCAGAUUCUCCGAUACAGAUUACUACGUCGAUGAACAUUCAGAGGGGUUAAAAGGUCAAAAGCGACACAUUUCCUACGAUCGCCUCUUCCGUAAACCCAAACCCAAGGCAAAGUCAGGAAGUACCGAAGUUCGAGAACGAUUCAAUCGUGGCAUUGGGAAUGUGAAGAAACUCAUUAAUCUUGCAGGACAUGUUGAUACAUUUUUAAGUGGAAAAAUUCGUAAUUCCCUCAAAACUCUAUCACAGAUCUAUGAGAGUGAGGAUGAUUACAAAAAUGGAAAUCGAUAGAGAGGAACUACGGUUUUUUUGGUCAGAAAAGUGGUCUUUUAGUCAGGAAAAUGGUUUGAUUUUAAUCAAGAAAAUACUCUAGAAGAACUUUUCAUUUUAUCAAGAAAUUUUUCGAUCAUUUGCCCAUUUCUUUGAUCAAAAUGAACGAUUUGUUGAUAAGAUUGAACGAUUCCCUAUCUUUAAACGUUCUUCUAAUCAAUUUGAACCAUUUGAACGUUCUUCUAAUUAAAUAAAAAACGUUUUUUUUCUGUUCAAAAGAACAUUUUUCCCAACAAGAGAGUUUGUCUAAUCGAAAGAAAAGUUCUUCUGAUGAAAUCAAACGUUUUUCUGACUAAAUCGAACGUCUAUUUGACCAAAAUUGGAUAUUAUCUGACCAAGAUUAUUUUUUUCCGAUCAAAAGAUAAAAUCGAUAGAGAAAUUUUUCUUUUUUUUAAUUUAAUUACACAAUUUUUUAUACUUUUUUACAGUGAAAAUAAUUUUUAUUUAUUCUUUGUAAUAAUUUUAUACGAAUUCUAUAAAAUAAAAAAAGACUUACCAA